AUGAGCAACAACGCGGCUGGGUGGACGGGGGAUUAUCAUGAUCGUUCUGGUGCUGCUCGUGAGGUUGGCAAACCGGGUCAGUGGAGGGAUGGGGAGGACGACAGAGCUGGUGAUCGACAUCACCAUCAACGUGGAGCACGAAGAGAUGAUGAUCGUGGGGGACGGUACUCGAGUGGGUAUCCAACUGGCAAGGGCCGGAAGGGUGGGGGGAGCCGAGAUGCGACCCCACCAAGCAGUCCGCAAACUAUUGGUAAGGCUGCUGGAAGUGGUCGGAAGGCCCCUCUCUCUACUGUGGGAGGUGGAGGUUUGGACCAGUUCACUUUGGGCGAUAUUAGAAAGGCUGAGAAGACGCUUGAAAAGUCCCACAUGAGUUUAGGGCAGUACGCUCGUAAGGUUGCCCAAGGAGAAAUUGCCAAAACGACAGAUGAUGACGAAGGGAAUAAAUUCCUCGAUGAUGAUGAUGGUUUCUUCGCGAGUGAAAUCCCAGACGGUGAAGGAGAUGGUGGAAGAAUGGCAAAGUGGCUGAAGCCGAGCGAAGGCACUUCCGGUCCGCCCAUUCCACAACCCCAUUUACCAGCGGGCGCCAAGACUUUGGAGGAAUUGGAAACAUCACAGAGGCAGUCACGACAACAACGAGCUGCUGCUGCUGAAUCAUCGAGGAUGCAGGGAAGGAAUCAGGCCGGGGUUGGACAGGGGAGUAACCAGGCCGGUCUAGACAUACUAUCUAUGCUGCAUUCUAAAGGGGGUGGCAGUAGCAGCAGUCAACACCAGCAGCCUAGGACAACAGGAGCCGUCCUUCCUCCUCCUCCUCCCCCUCCUCCAGUUGGAGUGAGGGCACCUCCACCACCUCAGUAUCGUCCACAGGCCCCGCAAGUUGCAUCGCAACAGGGGAGCGCACAGGGAAGAUUCUCAACACAGCAAGUGGCCGACCUCUUACAACAGGGAAGGCAGCAGCAGCAAGAGACUGAGAAGGCCCGUCAGCAACAACACAUUGAGAAUCUGUUGUUGCUGCAGCAACAGCUGAUUCGGGCACAAGCUCGUCAGGAGCAGACCGGGCAGAAGAUCACUCCAACACCGCAGAUGAGGGCGCUGUUGGAGCAGUUGCAGAGACGACAGGCGCAGAGACAACAGCAGCAACAGCAGCAACAACAGCAACAACAACAGCAACAACAACAGCUACAACAGCAGCAAGAGUUGCAACGACAACAGCUGUUGGCAUCGGCGAUGGCACAGCAGAGGGCUGUUCAGCAACAGCAGCAUCAGACGGGCGCCUUCCCUCAGCAGCAACAACAACAGCAGAUUGAUCCAACAUUGUUGGCUCGUCUACAGCAGCAGCGAGCUAGGCUGCAGCAACAACAACAACAACAGCAGGCUCAGCUCAGGAUGCAGCAGCAACAACAACCACAGUGGAAUGCUCAACAGCCUCCUCAGUCGAGUUACAGUACUCCGACUCCAUCUGAGCAAGGCGCCGAGCAGUGCAACCAGCAGUGA